UAUCACAAAACAUUUAAAAAAAACGGAUUGUUGUUUUCAAGUUUUUACUCUAUACAACGUGAAUCGUGAUACUUUUGAAUUAUUAUUAGUGUUUAGUUUUGCAAUUUCAGUCUUGGCUAUUAUAACACUCACUUCUUGCCGGUUUCACAUUCGAUAAAUAACCGAAAUGGAAUCAAACACGGAACCAAUGUGUACUGAUGAGCCAAUGAGCAGUGUAACCCGUUCUUGUGAAAACAUGAACAUAAGUGUAGCUUUUAAGGAAAUCACUUUAAAAGAUCCUCCUAGAUUUACUAAACUCCGCGAUGCAGUGAACAAUACUUUUGGUGAUAUCGUUAAUUCCGUCAGUCUUGAAGAAUUCAAACAGUUGUUGGGCGAUAUUUCAUUUUUGAAAAACAAACAGAAUAUGACAAGGCUUUUUUCAACACUAAAGACAAACAUCCAUAGUACUAUGAGCCAACAGUUUGAUGUAAUAGUUCAAGAUGAAAAUGUACCAGAAAUAUUUGCAAAGAAAAACGAAUUAACAAAAGAAGAAGCAGAAAAGUACAUCAUCGAUGACGAUUCAUUGAAAAUAAUGGAAUUAGAAGAAUCUUUAGUCAAGCUUAACAGACAAAUAGCUGAACUAGAAGAAUCAAAUGACAUUCUAUUUAAUCAAGAAAAAUUCAAUAAACAACGGUAUAACCAACUGUUAGAAAGACUAGACAAAUUGUUAGAUAGUUGCAAGACUCAAUAUGCAGAUUCUAAUGAACAAAUUAAUCUAAUCCAAAAUGAAUUUGCUAAUUUACUGGGAAAACCUAAAUAUAAAGAUUGAGUUGUUACCUCAAAUACAUUUAAUUCACAUUUAUUAUUAUUUAAAUACUAAGUAACUUUUGAAUUAAACUGUUAUUAUUAAUUUUAAAAAUAAUGAUCUUAUUGUAUAACUGUUAUGAUUUUAUAAAAUGUACAUGUUAUGCUAUGUAAAUGUAAUAGUAUGUUAGUUUCUGAUUUUGAUGACCGUUCAGAAUUCUAGCCCGAGUUUGACAACAAUACUAAUUUAAGAAUAAAACUAAAAUGUCUUAAUACUAAAAAAUAUAUAGUUUAUUAGUUGUUGGGACUGUUAUAUAAUACUGCACUGACAUUAAACAAUAAUUUUAACUAUUUUAGUUUUAAAAAAUUACAGAUUAUUACCGUAAGAACAUAUGUCUUAUUAAAUUUUCAA